ACGGGGCCGUAUCGAAGGCGGGAAGACUAGGUACUUCUCAUGUCGAUAUUAUAAAUGCGGCCUUUCUGUGCCGCUGCAAACGAAUCGAAGCUUUAUGAAAACGUGUGGAUCGUCUGGUGUGCUUCGUACGUAAGACUGAGUUACGUUUUCGUCGGCCAAGUGUUGAUGGGGCGUUGAUUAAUUAUUUUUCUCUUGUUUAUUUUCAGGCGGAGUUUCUAUUGUUUCAUAUUUAUAAACAGUGUGUGAUAUGAUCCUGCCCACAUUAUUAUUAUUAUGUUGUGUCUGUAAUUGUACGCAAACAAUCCAUCUCCACUAGCAAUAGAACCCUUAUACACGAUGUGUGUCUACACUUUCAGCUAUACCCCUAUUAUCCAAAGUUAGCCAGCCAGGCAUGAAAGAAACGAAUAGUUUAAGUGCUUUACCUUUAGGUAAAUUUGAUCAAUAAACAACCCAUUCCCAGCUCUUUGAUUGCGGCGCUGUUGAUACCAGCCGACCCGAUCUCGAUCUAGCGGACCCUGAGAGGAAAGGCCUUUUUGUGUGUUACCGGAACAGAAUACAGGACGGUAUGGAUUAGAACGUGUGAACAGAAACUGAAAAAAACUACGGUGUUAUGUGACAGUGUUGUCUUGUCUGACUAACGACCCUGAUGUGCUUAGGAUUUGUGCUACAUCCUUCGUCACAGUUAUAGCGGUAUAUAAUAACCAAGGAGAAUGCGGACUUAGAUCAUAGGUCGGUCUGUUUCAGAAUCAGGAGUUUACGACCUGUAUUAAUUGAUCUGUGUGUAAUAUGGAUUAUUCCAGAACAUAGCUGUUAAUAGGACUUAAAGCGAAAUUGGUUUGUCGUGUUUACAUUUACUUCCAUCGUUUUACGAGGUAUACAUUAAUAUACAGCUCGCGGUAUAUGUAAAUACAGGUGAAUACACCUAAACCGGUAUGUACAUUACUAUAUAGGUGUGUACCUGUACACCGACGACGUCUACACACAGGUAGAUAUAUAUAUAUAAUGAGUAUACAUAUAGGUUCGAGGUUGAGCCAUUCAGCAGGUACGUUGAAAGUCACAUGUGCGCGAGUUGUUACUAAAGGUAUGGAGCUAGAGAGGAAAAGAUCAGUGUCAUCGCUCUCAGCAUGAAGCUAAAACAGAGGGUGGUCAUCACCUGUGUUGGAUUAGCAACUCUAACGAUAUUUUACCUCCUGGUGGAAACUGUCUAUAAAAUUAAUCCUAACAGGCUUCCGACGUUUUUAAAGAAUUCUCUAUCGAACGUGGGACAUGAAUACGACGGAUCACACAUAUCUGCAAUUCGAAAGAGGCUAAAUAAGAGUAACUAUACCAGUGAUGACUUCAGCCCCGAGGGAGGGGGCGAUAAGGUUUCGGGGGUAGGGAAAGAUACUCUACAUUCCUCAGAUGACCGACGGUCAAGAAAAGAUGGGGUCGAGCACUGGGCAAUGUCACCUCUUCUACUGAGGAUUAAUAACACGGAUUCAGAAGUGGAUUUGUUAUUACAUAAACUACAAAAUUAUGAUAGGCGUAAAUUUGAUUUUACGAAAUUGAAGCCUAUACCGUAUUAUGAAUAUCUAAAAACACUAAGGAAGCGGAUUAAACGCAAAGGGACGAGUUUGGAUGCGUUCAGGACAUUUAUAGGGUCCCUAACGACGAGCUGGGAGAGGUUCCAUAAAGGUAUUCACCAGUACCAUCUUUAUAGUCCAGACGACUCGACCGUCGACGAUCUACUCAGGGACGUCGCCCAGGAACCAAUCGUUGACGUCGAACAAAAAGAGGGCGGGACACAACUGAAGCUAAUCAUAACAUUCAGUGACGAAGGACAGGCAUUGUUUAAACCUAUGAGGUACCCCCGGGAACAGGAAACGCUCCCAAAUCAUUUCUACUUCAGUGACUACGAACGCCAUAACGCGGAAGUGGCCGCAUUCCAUCUUGACAGAGUAUUGGGGUUUUACCGAGUUCCACCAACUGCCGGGAGGGUUGUCAACAUGACUCGAGACAUAAAGCGUCUAGCGGAUCAUAAAUUGUCCAAGACAUUUUUCAUAUCUCCAGCCAACAAUCUCUGUUUCCAUGGCAGCUGUUCGUAUUACUGCGACUCAGGCCACGCGAUCUGUGGGUCCCCGGAUUUACUCGAAUCAUCAAUGGCGGCUUUCCUUCCUCCUGAAAAGAUAGCAGCUCGGAAAACAUGGCGUAACCCGUGGAAACGGUCGUACAGCAAACACCGCAAAGCCUACUGGGAGGUGUACGAUGAUUUGUGCGAUAAAGUGAAGACGAAGUCUCCCUACAACACCGGUCGUCGACUGUUAGACCUGAUGGACACUCAUGUAUUUGACUUCAUGACAGGCAAUUUGGACAGACAUCACUACGAAACGUUCAAAGAUUUUGGCAACGACACGUUCCAUCUCCAUCUUGAUAACGGACGAUCGUUUGGAAAAUGGCGACUGGACGAUAUGAGCAUCCUUGCCCCUGUGUUCCAGUGCUGCAAGAUCAGGUACUCAACGUUCAUGAAGCUUGCCAAGUUCUACAUAGGACCGGAUAAACUUUCAGCAUUGAUGAAAGCAGAAACGUCACGUGACAAAUUAUUCCCAGUCCUCAUCCAGAACCAUCUAAUAGCGCUUGAUAGACGUGUCAUCAAAAUUCUGAAGGAGAUUUACAUAUGUAUACAAAAUGGAAACGACAUCAGCGAUGUGAUAGAAGAUGAUCAUUUCUGAGGAUAAUAAUAGGGGCACUUAAACACGUAUGUGGGCGGGAUUUAUUCAUUUUGACUGACACAAGGCGGUACUAUGCAUAGUGAAUAUGCAAAGUGUUCUAACGGGAUGGAAUUACAACAUGAAAACGGGCGGAGUUAUGUUCGUUGAGGAAUAUUGCAGCAUUGAAGUAGAUCAACCUUACUUGUUGCUAGGUUCUUGAUUAAGAGUUAUUCCAUCUAAAGUGGGAAGCUUAAAUAUAGCAAAGUAAUGUUUCCUAACAGGGCGGAGCUAUGUUUAACAUGUCGAAUCCGGUGGUCUUAUCGCGCGGAGAUUUUGCUAUAUUGCAGAACGGUGCUAGUGAUCAUACAGAACGGAGCAAGUGACCCUACAGUUAACAUGGCGGAGCAAAUGAUCAUACAGGGUGGAGCUACAGUUAACAUGGCGAAGCAAUGAUCAUACAAGGUGGAGCUACAGUUACCAUGGCGGAGCAAGUGAUCAUACAGGGUGGAGCUACAGUUACCAUGGCGGAGCAAAUGAUCAUACAGGGUGGAGCUACAGUUACCAUCGCGGAGCAAAUGAUCAUACAGGGGGGAGCUACAGUUACCAUGGCGGAGCAAAUGAUCAUACAGGGUGGAGCUACAGUUAACAUGGCGGAGCAAUGAUCAUACAGGGUGGAGCUACAGUUAACAUGGUGGAACUAGGGAUUCUGCAGGGCAGAACUGUGUAACUAGGCGGAGAAUGUGAUCUCCCAAGUCGAAGUUAGGGAUCUUACACGCAUAAUUAGUUAUCUUAACUGAAGAAGAGAAAGGUCUUACGUGGCAGAACUAUUGAUCUUAUCUGGCAGAGCUGAAGAUCUUACAUAACAGAAGUAGUGAUCAUACCUGAAAGUUUAGAACAACAGCAUACUCACAGGGCGGCGGUGCUAUGUUACGUAACUGGGCGGUUCUAUUGAUCUUACAAAGCGAGUUCGAUGGUCAAGUGUAAUAUAAGUAGGCGGGGCACAAGCACAAACCAAAUUUAAACUUUAUACAUUCUAAAAAAUAUUGGGGAAAUAAGUUUUGCCAUUUUGGAUUUUUUUAUAAUACAACAUUUUUGUAGUAGAAUAUGAUUCUUUGAUUUCUUGGGAUGGCCUGUUGAAAACUUUUCGUUUCAAGGAAAUUCGGGUUACUCAUAAUGAAAAGUAAGUGAAUGACUGCAAUACGUACUAUUCUGUCUGAAGCAUUCCAGCUUUUACCACAUAUACAGUGUAUAUGACAUAUAUGAUCCUCAUCAUUCAUUCAUCCAUCGGGUCUUCACGCUAACCCUGAAAAUACACCGUGAUGUGACAAAUAGAUAAAUACAUAUUCAUUGCAUUUGUCUACUAAGUAAGUAUUUUAUUAUUCUGACACAAAUGUUAUAUAUCAUUUCCGCCAAUUGGUAGUUCUCUUCGUUAUUUUCCGUCGUUUUUCGGGAAAAUGAUAACAACAUAUUAAGACCUACAAUGUAUCUUUAUUAAUUUAAUUUCUUGUUUCUGAUGUUGUGAAGGACCUUUCCCCAGUUUCAUACCACAUUGGAUUAUUACACCUGUCGUGUUGUCGCAGGAAAAUACAAACAAGACAUUGCAUUUGAAAAAAAAUAUAUAUCUAAUCAUGGCUAUUGAAAAUAGCGAUGUAAAAAAUACGAGUCCAUCGCUUCCAAUCUUAUCGUUCCUCAAAAAGAUACUCGAGAAUAAAAGCAAUUUAAACAUAACAAAAAAAUAGACAUAUGCGUUUGACGACGAAAAUGUGGAAAAAUUAUGAAUACUGAUUGAAUGUGACACUCUUUCCGGCACAAUACGAUGUUUCUCUAUGUAUUUUGAUAAAAUUAAUAUAUAUUUCAAUAUAAACAGUUGGUGCAUGUAUUACAAGUGCCUUACGAUGUAUAUGACAGUGUGACAUAUAAUGUUAAUUCUGUAUGUAAAUUGGUGACACACAUUAAUAUAUAGUAUUUUAAUUCAGUGCUGUAACGUUGUGAUUAAAGUUGCACGCAUUGCCCCCUCCCCCCCCCCCCUCCAUUUUAACUUUACUUUAUAAAUUAAUAUUUGAAAUACAUAUCCCGUUUAAAUUUUUAAUGUUAAAGGACAUUAAGGCGAGGUUUACAAUUUAGAAACAUGUAGCUGUACUUAAACUGUACGCGUUCUGUCACUGAAACCAUUAACAGUGGUUAUCUAGUAGCAAAUUAGUAACAUGUUAUUGUCGAUCACACAAAACAGCUCUUAUCACUAAGAUGAUCUACACCAGUCUAAACGAGUAAGUCGAUAUACAGAGAAAGGUAUAUCGAAUGAGCUUGACGAUAAGAAAUUUUAUUUUAGAUAUCUUCAGAAAAGUUUAUAUAGUAUUAUUUUUAUUAGUUUAUUAAUGCCUAUAAUAACAUCGUCCUGGCAUCAUGCCAUGGUUAGAAUUAUUUUCACACAGAAAAUACUUUUUAAUUUAACACUGAAAAUAAUAUUUAUUUUCAUACAGAAAAUAAGAUGUAUUUUCACACAGAAAAUAAGAUAUAUUUUCACACAGACAAACAAGUGUUUGGAAAAUCGAUUUGACAUAAUUAAUGCCAUUUUGUGUGUUUCCUCCAUAGAAUAGGACUUCUUAAACAAACCAAACGUAUGUACUGCUAAUUAAAGUUUUAUAUAGCAGACGAAAGCUGGAUCACACACUACCAUUUUAUCCGGUUCAGAAUAUUUGUUUCGGUAUAAAAAUGCCCUAAAAUUUGCAUUCUAGGUUUAUAGCAGGCUGGAUUUAUUUACGAGAUUUCUUUAUAUAAUAUUAUGUUACUGCUAUUCUACAUUCCAAACAGACCAAUAUAUAUUAAGUUAACAGCUGUCUCAUAAAGAUAUAACAACAUUCAGUGCUUUUGUUAGAUAUCAAUAUGUCAUUUCCUAGAAAGAGUCAUUGUACCCGAUAUUAGGAGCUGGCAUUAUAACUUGUGUAUACACUUUUGCAAUGAAAAAAAAAGAUUUCUUUUUAUUUUCCAAAUUUUCAAAACAUUACUUUUCAUAGAAAUAGUGUCGAAAUCGUUUUACUUGUUACUGAAACCAUUUUUUUGUUUGUUAAAUAUGUUUAAAUAAUAAACAUGACGUACAGUAUUUAUUGUAGUUAAACAGAACAAGCCAUUUAUAGAUAUACAUGUGUCAUCUGUAAAGUAGAAAACGAUGUUCUUGGAAUCUCAAAUUAUUAUCAUAUCCUUUAAUUGACAGGCACACGCAAAAUAAUUGUUAUUUUGCUAAUCAAUAUUUUGCUGAUCAUUGACUUCAAAUUCUUUUAUAAUUAUACAACUGUCAAGUCGUUAUACGUUGAAUUUCGUUUCUUAAGUCAACCUGCAUAUAUGUUGUGUAUACCUUAUCUACUGUUUAACAGCAGCCCCUCUAUCAUAAAGGUUCAAAUGUUACAUUCCAGAUAUUGUUCAGUUUGAUAUUCCAUGCAGAUAUAUUUCCUGUUUUCAUCUCAAAGAGAAACAUAGUAAAUAAAAGUGAUUAUAUUUCAAUAUCAUAUGUGGUGACGUUUAAUAAGUCAACCAACCAAACAAUAUGGAUCACCCACACGUGAUGUUAGGUAUAUUUUUCUCUUUAUUGUGAUAAUCGGAAAUAACUAUCUAGAGUAUGUUUGAAUUAGAUAUUUAAUCAGGAUGAAUAAUAUUAUCAGAUAUAUUAUCAUUAACUCUUCUAGUCUGUCUUAGUGUUUUCAUAUGAUUUUAUGUUUAUAUUAUGACGUAAUUACAACAAGUAGAUAUAUUACAACAUAUCCAAGUCAUUUCGACCAGAAUGAUUUAGGCUUUUCUUUUUAUCAUAUUUUCUUACUUGCUGGUGAUGAUGAACACGUAUUGGAUAUAUGCGAAACUAAAAGUGGUGUUCUGAAAACAGAAGAGUUCAGAGAUUCGAAAUACUGUGCGUUGACUUACGAGUUUGUCAAGGUCUUUGUUUUGGUUGAAUUGUCUCGACACCGUCAGGCAUAUAUUUGUUUGUAUGUGUUGCGGAUGAUGAUUUUUGUGAGCAACCGAAUUCGGGUGGAGAUCAUGUCAUUCGUUUAUUUGGCAUAUAUCGUUGUAAGUUUUUCGAGUGUCAAAAUAUGAGUAGUGAGUGAUAAUUUAAUACUGUUUUCAACGAUCUGUUGGAAACGUUUUGUAUGGUAGAACACAGAUAGAAGGGAGAUUAAUCUCGCUAUCACAGAUAUGCAAUAGUUUUUUUAAGUAUAUAUGGGACUAAUUCUAAUUUUGCCAUACUUAUGCCAUUAAUAUUUGGUUACAAUUUACGCAAUUAUUAUAUUAUAUGAAAACAACCACUUAACCAAUAAAAAUUAAGUGCUGGUUUGCUUCGGACCUUUCCAUAAGAUAAGGAAAGUUACGCAAGCUACAAAUACGUACAAUAUAGAAAUUAUGGAAAAUUUAUGUAAUUUGGUAUACAUGAAGUUGACACAAGAAUGCAUUUUCGUUUUUACUUUUGUUUGUAUGUGAUGGUAUUAUGUAUACUGAAUGGCUGACAUAUUAACAGCGAUAUCAGGCUGCAGUGAGAAAGUGUGUGUGUGUGAUGUGUAAACUAUAUCACGUGCAAUCAUGUGUGUAUGUGUGGAAUGUGGAGUAUGUAUGUGUGUGAGAGGAAAUAAACGUAUCACGUCUAUGUCAAACACAGUGCUAUUGUCGAGAAUUCCAAAUAAACUAUAGUUUUCUUA